AACGAGGCUAUGGCGGCUUCUUCGUCUUCCGGCUCCGGUAAGUCGGUUCCAAGAGACGCCUUGGUCAUGGCUGCUAUUCUAAAAGAGAUGGGAGUUGUCGAUUACGAACCUAGAGUUAUAAAUCAGAUGCUAGAAUUUACUUAUCGAUACAUAACAGAUGUCGUUGAGGAGGCAAAGGUGUAUGCCGAACACGCCAAUAGAAAAGAGCUUCAGACUGAAGACGUAAAGCUCGCCAUCCAGGCAAACGCCAAUCAUUCAUUUGCCUCGCCACCUCCUCGCGAAUUCUUGAUGAAGGUGGCGAGAGAGAAGAAUAGCCAGCCACUCCCUCCUGUUCCUGAGAAAUUUGGAUUGCGAUUGCCUCCUGAGCGACAUUGUUUGCUCGUUCCUAACUACACAGUCAAGCUCAAGAAAAAGCCGAGACCUCAGUUGGCACCGUUAGCUGUUCAACAGGCUCAAAAGCAGGGACUAACACCGAAUGUAGUCACUGGAACGCCCACCAAGAUACGACUCAUCACACCCUUAGUACAAGGAAGCGGUGGGACAUUACCAGCCGGGACGUUACCUGCUGGAACGAUCAUAGUUACAUCAAUGGCUUUGCCAACAACCACAAACGUCGGUACUCCAGCAACAGGGAGUUUAAUAAAACGUACAGUAACUGUAGGAUCGACUAGUUCGAGUGUGGUUAGCAGCGGUGCACAGAAACCCCAACAGGGCAUUAAACGGAAGCGAGAGGAUGAAGAACAGCAGAAAUAAUGGUUUACAUUGGACAGUGUGAAGGCAUUACAGGUUUGCAUGAGUCUACUGCUUGUCGUUGAAAUACUGGGACAUAACUGUAAGCCUUGGAGGUACGAAAUCCGUGGAGUUGUACACAGAAUUUGUGUUGUUGCUAGUCGCAUGCAUAGUUUGCAGCAUGAUCAACAGACAGUUUCAUUAAUUUAUUUAUUCAUUCAUACAA